CUGCUGUAUUCAAGCUGGUAACAUCAACUCCUCACAUACAAGAUGAUAGGAUCAGUGUUCGUCCUGGCUGUGGCCGCGUGCCUCUCCCUGGUUAAUGGUGAAGACUUUAAGCCCUACCAGAACUAUAUCACUACGCCAGUCAGCGUCCACACCAGGACAGUCACCGUUACUGCGACGGAGGUCCACACGGUGAGGUCGACGACAACACGGGACGUGUCUGUGACAGAGACGACUGUGGUGAACGUGCCAGUGACGGUCUUUGUGACGGUGAGGGACUUUGUAGCAGAGCAGCCCAACACCGUCACCUCAGUCGUUCGCGUCACCACUACAGAUCUGGAGGUGAAGACAGUCGUGGCAGGGGACUACCGCGUGAGGACGGUGUUGUCUGUGUUGACCAACUUCGUCCCCACCACAGAGACUGUUCAGCUCGUGGAAAGCAUCACGCACUUCAACGUGGAGACUCAGGUGGACACUGUGCCGGUACAGAUCACGGAGAACAUCCAGCAGAACAUUGUGCUCACCACCACCCAGCUCAUCCCUACCACCAUCACUUCCACCACCGGAUAUUAUAACUAUUAAUGACUUGUAAUUUCACUUUAUAAACUUGACCUUUAGUGUUGGAAUAAACGGUCUCCUUUCA